AUGCCGCUUUUACAUCGAACAAUCAUUUUUCUUCAACUUCUCGGUACAAUUUCAUCAAAUUACAAUGCAUUUUUCGCUAUCAUGGUCACAAAUCCAACAGUGGUCCAACAAGUGAAUCAAAUCGAAGUAAAUCUGACACAGAGCAAUCCUCAAUUUGUAAAAUUUGUGCAUAACAUUUCCCAUCUUCAUAUCAAACUAAACACAGUUGAACUCAAUGAAACCAGAUUACCAAUAGUUCAAAAGUUUUUGAAAGAAUUACCAAAAGCAAUGUGUAAUGUAUCAUAUUCAAUUCCGGCAUUGUUUGAAGGAACUGCUGUAAUGGCAAAUACUACCCUUUAUGGAAAAGUUAAUCCAAUGUCUAGCAGUGUUAUUUCUUCUGUUCAUCAAAAAAUAUUCUCUCUACUUAAUAACACUGAAAUUCCGUCUGUUGAUGUGCAUGACAUUUUCCAUCCGCGAAUGAAUAUUGUAGAACUUGACAAUCGAAAACAUGAGGACCUUCUACAAAUUAUGUCAAACCGGACAGGAGAUUUCAAGUUGAAUACGGGAGAUUUUAUUAAAGAAAUAGUCUUGUUCAAUUCAACAGAAUCAGGGUCCUUUCAUGAGGAAAUUGGACGAGCCGUAUUGGCACCUUGCUCGAAUUUCACUCUUCUCAGAUUCAAAAAACCCGAAUUAAUUUCGAAUCGAGUUCCAAUUUUUCCACUUGAAAUGGACUUUAAAUAAAGAUUUAUUGUAAUAAAUACAGAAAAAAAGGAGACAAU